AUGCUGUUGCUUCAGUUCGUAAACGAGAGAGAUUCAUGGACAUCCGUUUGCAAGCCGGGUGGAAAAUAUUAUGUGACCCGCAAUGGUUCCACCGUUAUUGCCUUUGCCAUUGGCCAUAAAUGGAAGCCUGGCAAUUCCAUUUCUAUGGUUGGUGCUCAUACUGACUCUCCAUGCCUGAGGAUUAAACCAGUCUCGAAGAAGACUGGCGAUGGCUUUGUCCAAAUCGGUGUGGAAACCUACGGUGGCGGUCUUUGGCAUACAUGGUUCGAUCGCGACUUGAGCAUUGCGGGAAGAGCCAUGGUCAGGAAUUCCAAUGGCUCAAUCGAGGCGAAAUUGGUCCAUAUCGAUCGACCAAUUCUGCGUAUCCCAACACUCGCCAUCCACCUUGACCGGCAGGAAACAUUCUCCUUCAACAAGGAAACCCAGCUGUUCCCGAUUGCUGGCAUGGUCGCUGCAGAAUUAGCCAGGAAAUCGGGAGAUCGAGAUUCUAAUACAGGCUUGGAAAUCCGGGCGAAAGACAACGGUAGCGGGGGCAACACGCAGUUCAAUGCACCAUUUUCUCCUCUCAGGGAUGCAACAGAUCGCCACCAUCCCUACCUGGUGGAGUUAAUCGCGUCUGAGCUCUCCGCCCAACCCCAAGAUAUCGUCGACUUCGAAAUGCUCCUCUACGACUCUCAAAAAGCCUGCUUAGGUGGUCUUCUGAAUGAAUUUAUCUUCUCCGCUCGCCUUGAUAACCUCAACAUGACAUUCUGCGCCACAAUGGGCCUAAUUAAUUCCCUCGCAAACCCCGAAGCGCUCGACAAUGAGUCUUGUAUCCGUCUCAUCUCCCUCUUUGACCAUGAAGAGAUUGGGAGUCGUACCGCACAAGGUGCAGACUCCAAUGCACUCCCCACAGUCUUACGCCGCCUAUGCCUUGUUCCAGGAUCAUCAUCGUCAUCGUCAUCAGCCGAUCUCUCGACAGCCUACGAGCAAUCUCUCUCAAGCUCCUUCCUCCUCUCAGCCGACAUGGCUCACUCCGUAAACCCCAAUUACGCCUUUAAGUACGAGACAGACCAUAAACCCGAGAUGAACAAGGGCCCUGUAAUCAAAAUCAACGCGAAUGCCCGCUACGCGACGAACUCUCCUGGCAUCGUCCUUUUGCAAGAAUGUGCAAAGUUGGCCCACUCCGCUGGCAACAGUGCGGGAGCAGAUGGAGCGUCACUCCAGGGGAUCCCGUUACAGUUAUUCGUCGUCCGUAACGAUUCGUCCUGCGGCAGCACGAUUGGACCCAUGCUCUCCGCUGCGCUGGGCGUGCGGACGCUGGAUUUGGGUAAUCCACAGUUGAGUAUGCACAGUAUUCGUGAGACGGGUGGGACCUAUGACGUGGGCUAUGCGACUAAGCUGUUUGAAAGCUUUUUCCAAAAUUAUUCGCGGUUGGCGGAGACGAUUUUAGUUAAUUAA